CUGCCAGAGGGGAGGAGUGAGCCCGGAAACGGAGCGGCGCUGGCCUGCCCGCGGCCGCAGCUCUUCGGUCCGUUUUCGCUCAGCCCUUGCCGCCCGGGCAGUGCCGGAUCCGAGCCCGGAAGCGCGCCAGCCGUGCGGCCGCACCCCCGGCGAGCAGACCGCGCCGCACAGCCCGCCUAAAGGGCUCGCUGUUCCCAUGUUCGCAGGCCGGGAGGCCCCGCCCGCCGCAGGCCAGGCCGCGGCCCUCACUGGGUGCGGGUUUUCGGGCGAGGCGGAGGGCAUGUUGUCGCCCCGGCGGAAGGAAGACAGUGGGAAUUCUCCGUCGGCCCUUGAGAAAAGCCAGAGAACCUCGGCGGCGGGAGAGUCCAGCGGCCGCGCCAUGGAAGAAAGCAGCGGGUUCCGCCUCUCGGCGGAGUGCCUGGAUGAGCCACCCAACAGCCGUAUCUUCGUGGUGCUGGGCAAGGACACCGGAGAGGCGGUGAUCCGGGAGCGUUUCACCCCCUUUGGGGACAUUCAGAACAUAUGGCUCCUGCGGGACAAGCGCACCAACGAGUCCCGCGGCAUCGCCUUCAUCAAGUUCGCCCGCAGCUCGCAGGCCUGCCGAGCAAUGGAGGAGAUGCAUGGCCGCAGCCUAGUCCCGGACACCAAGCCCAUCAAGGUGUUUAUUGCACAGUCAAGAGCUUCUGGAAGUCACAGAGAUCUCGAAGAUGAAGAGCUUACACGAAUCUUUGUUAUGAUACCAAAAUCCUAUACAGAGGAGGAUCUGCGAGAGAAAUUUAAGAUGUAUGGAGACAUUGAAUAUUGCAGCAUUAUUAAAAACAAGACUACAGGAGAAAGUAAAGGUUUGGGCUAUGUGAGGUAUUUAAAACCAUCCCAAGCUGCUCGAGCAAUUGAGGAGUGUGAUCGAAGCUACAGGGCCAUUUUGGCUGAACCUAAAAAUAAGUCAUCUGAGUCUUUGGAACAUGAUUAUUACAGUAAUAACACAAGACAAGAACCAAGAGGAAACACAUUUCCAUUUUGUGGGCAGCCAGAGUUCUGUAGUUUUGAAAAAAAUGAGAACAGAGUUCAAGAGCCAGUCUCCAAACGUCUAUCGGUGGUGUCACGGCUUCCCUUUAUCCAAGAACAGCUGUUUGCGCUCUUUGAUCUAGUUCCAGGACUAGAAUAUUGUGAUGUUCAGCGAGAUCCUCAUACCAAUAGUGGGUAUGCUGUGAUUCAGUACAGUACUGCUGCAUCAGCCAUUUAUGCCAAGUACAAAUUGCAUGGGUUUGAAUAUCCUCCUGGAAAUCGACUGACUGUCAUUUUCCUAGAAGAUGGGAGUGAUAGCUCAGAUGUCGUCAGAAAAAUGGCAACACAACUGGUAACAGCACAAGUCUCAUCAGUGUUGUGGAAUACAAAUGCAAUUGUUCAGCAGUAUAGGACACCUCCUCAAUCAUUUGGAGGAACUUCUGGCUCACAGUUACUUCAGCCCCAAACAGAUGCCAUACUUCCACCACACAAAAAAAAAGUUCCACCUGAUACUUCUGUGAAGGAAAGGCUUUUCAUACUUUUUCAUCCCCACCCUUUACCUGUAAAUGUGUUGGAGGAUGUGUUCUGUCGUUUUGGACACUUGAUAAAAGUUUACAUUGUGGCUGGAAAAAAUGUGGGCUAUGCAAAAUUUGCGGACAGAGCAAGUGCCAGUGAUGCCAUAACUGCAUUACACGGGAAGAUUGUGAACGGUGUCAGGCUUAAAGUAAGGUUGGCAGACUCACCUACGGAAGAAUCUAACAAACGCCAGAGAACCUACUGAGCAGAAACUAAAUAAUGACAUGACCCUCAGCUGACUGACUGACUGACUGAAAACGUGACUAGACAUGGUGCCUGUGGAGACUGACAGCUUUUUUUUUUUUUUUAAUUGUCAAUUAGUUGAUUGUCUCUAUAAGGUACUUUCUGGUUCUGAAAGCACAGGCAUGUAGUUUUGAAAAUCACUUAGGCGUUAAAAGUUGUAAAUUGAUAGUUGUCCGUGUAGUAGUCUAUAAUCUUGUACUGCAGAAAUACCUCUCUUGUGUUUAACUUAGCAGUGGCUUGGCUGGUUAAUUAAUGCUAAUUCAGAUUUUAACUGUUAAAAUGGAAGAUGUUUCCUGUGAUCCAAAUUGCAUGGAAGACUGAAGUACGUAAGAAAGUAAGUUCAUACGAAAAAAAAACCUGCUAGCAAACCUGACAAUGAUAAGCUAGGUUUAAUAAAAUACCUAUAGCCAAGAAAAUGAUUGAAGUAUGUUCUGAAAUUGAUGGUUUAGGGCCACAAGUGUUUAUUCUGCUCUGUAUGCUAUUUAGUGAAAAGGACAUUGACUCUGGGCCAGGCUACCAGAGCUGCUUAUAUCUGUCUUUUCUUAUCCCGAGGUCCUUUGGUUAUAACUGUGGGGAAAACAUGGGAUCUAGGGAUAUUUUUGUUUGUUCUGUUGUGAGGGGUUGGUAGUUUUUUUUUUUUUUUCUUUUAUUUGUUGCUUUUUAAUUCUUAGAAACUUGCUCAAUGAUUAUGUUAAGUCAUAAUUGGACAAUUUAGCAUUUCACCAAGAUGACUUGGAUUUCAGUUUUGAUGAAGAGUACAUGAAACUAGUUUGACUAAGUAUUUACACAGACGAUUUUCAAAUGCCAAAUACUUUUCUGUGUAUACCUGAAUGCUACUUGUUGAAUUGAAAAUAUCCUGGUAAUUAAAAUCAUUUAUACAGAUAAAGUUGAUAAAUUCUGCUUGUAUGCACUGGAGGACAAGCAUGGUCUUGGAUAAAUCCUGCUUCCCUAUGGUCUUGUGUUCUUGUCCUUUGAUCACUGGUGUAGGGAGAGACAGAUCCUCUAACUUCCUUUGGCUCUAACACCUUUAGAAAGAUUUCCUUCUGAGAAAUCCCUGGUUCACAGGAAAAUAAGAAACGAGAACAUAGGUCUUAUUCCCUUAGAUACCAGACAGGCCAAAGUGAACUGGGUUUCAGAGUAGACACAGCCAGUGUAUACCAUUUUAAUGUAAUGGGAGAGCUAUUUACAGUGAUGAUGGGGAUUGGGUCACAGGGGAAACAGCCUAUGGUUGAUCUGAAUAGUGGAGUUUAAAGAGCCAACAAGACAUGUAUUUUCAUGCACGUUUAACUCCUUUUCUCCACUCUCUGCCAGCAGCAGUAGGUUCCCUCCCAGCACUGAGAUCACUGCUGUCAGGAGGGUUGGGCAGGAAGCUGGAUUUGUGCUGUGCAGCUGUUCAGUCCUGAGUCUUGGGUCUGCCUGGCCAGCAUCCCUGGGCAGGCUGUGUCAUUGUGGCUCACUGAGUUCCUUUCACUAUAUUUACCUGCUUCUCCAGCCUCUUAUUCUCUUCAAGAAUGCAACUUCUUACCAAGAGCACCUUCCUUGCAGCCUCCUUUCUUAUGCUUCCAAGCCUUUGACUUUCCCAAUCUUAGUAGUGCAUGUGGAAAGACAAAGCAGUUUAUAAUUAGUGGUUUUGGUUUGCAGCUCUUCGCUAAUCUAAGCCAUGUUUUUACCUACAGCAGAUGCCUCCUUUUCUCCAUCUGUUUUUUUUUCAAAGAGAAGGAGGAAACCCAAAGAUACUGGGAAAUACCUCGAGUUGCAAGUGGGUGAGAACUGUAGGCAAAACUCUUUAAGUUUUUCCAUUGUUUUCCAACAGCAAAAGACACGCAAAGCAAUACCCCUGAUUUGGGGUUUGCGACGGGAGGAGGGCAAGAAGGGGAUGGAUCAGAGAAUGAUACAAUCAUUUUAACUGGAAGAUAACGCUUAGUCAAAACUUCAGAGCUUUACCAUUUGGUGCUUUAGUCAGCUGUAUCAAAAUAGUGACAGAUUAUGAAUUUAGAAUAGGCAUCUGUAAUGUGCGACUUCACCUACUAUCAAAUUAAUAAUAGAAUAGUGUUUCUCUAAUGUUCAUAGUGGUUUCUAAUAGAAGAUGUAGCCUUGCCUAGUUUUUUCUUGUAAAAAAGUAUUGCUAAAAACAUUUUUGCAUUAGAGAGGAGAAAUGAGAAUGUGCACUGUCAUUGUAAUUGGUUCAGAAGUUUAAAUUUUAAGUAACAGAAGCUGUAUUGAAAGACUCACAAAACAUUAUGUUAAAAGAAUGCUAGAAUUUAAAUGCUUAAAUGUGAAGAAGUUGCAGAAUAAAGGUUGCCUAGAAAACCUGGUUCUGCUUUGUAGGUGUUACAUGCGAUCCUUGAUGACUCAUCGGCAGCUUUUUUCCCCAAGAGCAGCAGUUCCAUUCAGCACAAAGAAGGAAAUUGAAUCAGGGCUGCAUGGUUAAAGCAAAAGCUGUAAAAUUCUUGCUUAAUUUGUUGUAAAUAUUAGAAAUUAUGUAGUAAGGAAAACAGGUUUGGGGUUGAAACUGGAGAAUCGGAUCCUGUCUCUGACUCUGGCCCAAAAAUUGAUUGUGAGGAGGGCUGUCAUUUCUCUAGGGUUCCUCUGGAAGAGUCCCGAUUUGGUUUUGUUGGUUCUUUUUCUUUGGUUGUUGUUUUUGCAUGUGUGGGUGGGUGUUCUUGUUUGGUUGGUUUUCUCUUUGCCCACAUGAUGAAUUUUGAGUAUAGUUUGGGACUUUCCUGUAUUUGUUCAAGGGCAAUAAUUCAGGUUGCCAUAGAUCCAAACCUUCAGACCCAUCAAGCAGCACCCUUGCAGCCUUAACUAUACAGAGUGCAUGUGCAGUGAUUCCUCUGUUUUCAGAAAGCAUUAGUUUGCUCUGCAAACAUGACAGUGGUACCAUACUCACACAGUCUGACACAUGCUGCUGAACGUGUAUGGUGCGGUGGAUUUGUCUGGCAGGAAUAAGCUAAACCACAGGUUACAAUAGGCAAGGCACUGUGCCAGUGCAAGCAUGUUUUUCAGUGUAUGUGCAGAUGUCUACUGUCUUUAUUUGUCUUUGGUCAAGAGAGUACUUCAAAGUAUCAGAUAGUGGUGGGUAUGUUAUUUAAGUGCGAGGUGAAAUGCUAAGAAUCUCACUUUAGUGACAAGAGACAAAAGAAGCCUACUUGUUUACAUGUUUGAAUUGGUCUUUCUGAGUGUCUUGUAUGUCAAGAUUCCUCGUCUAAUGUGGCACCACAAGUAGAUGCCUGUGUGUUUAGGUCAUGUAAGUGUACAUGCUCCAGAAUGAAGUGACUGAUGUCUGAGCUUGGCUAUCCAAGAUGGGAAAGAAGGAUCGUGUUUGAGAGAGCAUUCAACACAUGCAAAGGGCUAAAAGUUAGCCUUUACUACUUGAAGUAAUGUCACACAGUAGACAGAACAGUGCCAUCUUUAAUUGUUCUUAAUCCUCCUAUUGCUGCAUGUCUGUGGGAACAGUGGUCCACUGCCCUGCCCUGGGCAUGGAAAAUAGGUGCUCUGUAUGCAGGUGAUGGAGUUCCCUUGCCUACUUGUUCAGUCUGGUUUUGAACUGAAGAGAAUUGGGCUGGUACUCAGGGGAAGGAAAUGCCUGUAUUUUCAGUACUAAAACUUUGAGAUACCCUAAGGAGCAAGUCUGCAAGCAGACGAUAUCUUUCCCUUUUGGUCACUGUUGAAACAGUCUAUUAGGUGACUCAGGUAGAGUUAUUUGUAGUGUUUUGGUAGCAUUUUUUUUAGAAGAGCCUUAAAAGCAAAAUCAUAAUUGCUCUCCUGGGAGUUCGGUAUGUUUCUGAAAAGCACUGAUGUACUAGUCUUUUCCAGCUGAUUGUGUAGAUACAGUUUGCUAUUUUAAAGUUCUCCAACAUUUUUGAUUGGAUGUGGUAUUCAUCACUCUGUGUUUUAUUAACAGUACCAGUAAGUGGUUUGCUGCUGUUCUGGCUCUGUCUGCUAUGAGAAUGAACAUCAAAUUCACUGGAAAAAAACUGUCACAUUGCUUUUCCUGUUGGUUAAUGAAUUGGCCAAAGCUGUAUAGGGCUUUUUUGGCCUGUUGUUUUGCAGUAUCAGUGCUGUAAUGCUGAUAAGUAGAAUUUAAUGUGCUCUUCUGUAAGUGACUUGGAUUUCAGUUGCAUUCGUCAGAUGUAGUUUCUGUUGGCACCAAAUGGGGCUUUUGUACCUUGGCAAAUGAGAUUAUACUGAUUUAAUAAAUUAGGCUAAAUGAUGUCCAGUAGAAAUCCAUUUAUUGAGUCAUAACCACUUGGUCAGCAGAGGAGCCUUUUGCUUGCAUAGCUGGAGUGGCACUAGUUUGCUUUUGUUGCCUGAAUGUCUACAUUAGGGUGUUUUCAAUCAUGAAGUGAAAAAAGGCUGUUCUCGAGAGGGCUCUGCAUUCUGAAUGUCAUCUGUGAGUCAAUGAUUGCAAUCAGUUCCCCUCAUUGGGCCUUGGGGCUCCUACCUGAGACACUAUUUCUUUGGUGAUAAAGACUGCUACUCAUGUACCUCAUGUUGGGGCAGAGCCUAGGUUUGCACUGUGCAGUGCAUUGGAUUUCCUUCACAUCAUUCCUCUUUCUUGCUCUUAAUAAUCCCUCUUCUGACCCAGGGCAUGCUGUCAUGUCAUUUCUGCUCUGUCUACAGAGGUAUCAUCUAAUGCCUGCAAUACCAGGUGUGGGGCUUAGCUGCUGGCCGGGCCUGAACCACAGCAUGCCUCCACUCUUUCAGUUACUGUAACAAUAAGUAAGAUUCAGAAGAAGGAAUAAUGAUACAUAAGUGGAAGUUGUUGAAGGUGAAAAACAGCAUGCAAUUAUGUGCACAGCUCCAGUUCAGGAGAACUAUGAAAUACUCAUUUCAUGUUUUCACUGUAACAUUUUUCUAGACUUUUAUCUGUUAAACAUGCACUUACUGUUUUGACAAAGAUUCUGCUCAAGGUUUUCACAGAGUGUCAGAUUUGAGCUGCAGUUGUACUGGUAAAUCUCCAAAAGAAAAUGGAGAAAAAAAAAUGAAAAGAGGGUUAAUGCUGCCGAGUUCACUUUUCAUUAUAGGAAAGGGACAAACUAGUGAUGCUGGAGCCUCAGCAUAGUGAGGCAAUCCCCCCUGCUCCAGCAGAGGUCACUGGUCUCCUGGAUGUGCAAGCGGAGGCUGCAACUCAAAGUUGACACUGCUUUUCAAAAUCUUACCCUGCCUCUAAGGUGAUCAAUAUGUAAUCUCUUAAUAAAAAAGUUGUGGUGUUGU